CAAGGUGUUCUUUAAUGCCGUCACUCAACCACACCAGCGCACACAAUCAUACAUACAUACAAACACACACACACACUUGUACACACAACCUGUUGGCUUUCAGAUAACACAGGAACCUGGCCACACUAUUUACCUGUGUGGAACUUUGGAAUUCACUCAUAGGGAGAGUGAAGCCGUGCCAACUAUUGAAUAAAACCACACUUUCGUCAAGGAAAAGAACAUUUUAAGUCUGACUAUCCUCAUUAUGAGGACCGAGUGCUCCGUCCUGCUGCUGUUGGCUUUGGUCCUCGUCCUUACAGGCCUGGUGCAAAGUUUCCACCCACUAUUUGUCUUUGAUGGGAACUCCACUACUCACCGCGACAUCACCCGAAUGGCAGUCCUCCAGAAGACGGCAGAGGCCUGCCGAGACAUUGCUGCUGCAGAUGGACGGGACUUCACUCUGGCUAUUGACGAGAGUCUAACAGCUGAGCGAGUACAAGAAGCGUGCUCCUCCUCAGAAAACUCCACCUCGCUGCUGUCCAGCGUUCUGUUCCACAGUUCCAUUACCAACUUGUACUUAAGCAACGCCAACGUGGAUUUAGUGUCGGUGUUGAGCGACGAGCACCAUUUUGAUGGCGAGACCUUUCAAAAAGGACGAGACUUGAUCACUCAAGGCGUUUCCUCUGUAAAGGCCAGCGUGAAACGGGAAAACUUCAUCGCCGGGCGCUGGACUCUUGGCAGUGUAUGUCAUACUCUUCAGGACUUCUACAGCCACAGCAACUGGGUGGAGUUGGGGAACACGUCCCCUUACAGCGCUUUGAUCACACCUGACCAACCACUUGAGAAUCUGGCGGGCCUAAACGUUUCGACCUGUAGAAACUGUACGGGACAAAGCUGUGACAACAACAUUUUGCCAGAUGUGCUGCAACAGGGGCUUCUCACCUCGGGCUACUUCAGCAUUCUCUCCCCAGAAAAGCCGGAAGGAAAAUGCAGCCAUGGAGGUGCUUUUGACCAAACUAGUAUCCGGGACCCAGUGGGCGGCAUCAAUAAGGAUGAUAUUACAUCAAGCCAUGGCUCACUUCACCAUCAAGCAGCCAAUUUGGCCAUAAACGCUACUCUGGAGCUACUGGAGGAUAUCAGAAUCGCUGUCGGCGACAAGAACUUCCUAAGGCUGAUGGGUCUCUCCCAGUCUGCUGUGCUGUGUUUUGUCAUCGACACCACAGGUAGUAUGAGCGAUGACAUCGCCGAAGCAAAAAGGGUUUCCUUCGACAUCAUCGACAGUAAGAGAGGAACCGAGCAGGAGCCUUCCGCCUACAUAUUGGUUCCUUUCAACGAUCCAGGUUUUGGGCCUCUGCUGACAACGACUGAUGCAGACACGUUCAAAGCAAACAUCAAUAAGCUGACUGCCAGUGGAGGAGGUGACAUCCCAGAGCUGUGUUUGUCUGGACUGCAGCUCGCCCUUACUGCCGCUCCUCCCUCGUCUGAGAUAUUUGUCUUCACUGACGCCCCUGCAAAAGAUGCCUUUUUGAAAAGCACCAUCACUGCUCUUAUAGAGAGCUCCAAGUCUGUGGUAACUUUCAUGCUGACGGACGUCCUGGCCAGUCGGCGCAGGAGGGCUAUAAACCAAGCAGAUGCCCAGCUGUACCGUGACCUUUCCCGAGCAUCCGGAGGUCAGGUCAUCGAGGUCAGCAAGGCCGAUCUCGCCAUGGCGACGAGUGUUAUAGAGGAUUCCUCGGCCAGUGCCGUGGUGAACAUUUUCCAAGCGGCGAGUCCUGGAAAGCCUGAUAAUUUUACGUUUACGGUUGAUAGUUCACUACAAAACUUAACGGUCUACAUCACAGGAGCUGCAUCUCUCACCUUUAAUCUCACCAGCCCCUCGGGUGGAUCUCAGAGCUCCGGCGAGUCCGCCGGACCGCUGGCAUCUUUGACCUCGGCAGGUAACCUUCGACGACUGAGCCUCAACAACGAUAAUGAGACCGGACUGUGGGAAAUAAAAGUAGACUCCAAUGAUCCUUACUCUGUAAAAGUCACAGGUCAAAGUUCAGUGAACUUCAUCUACAACCUUGUGGAAGCCCGCGAAGGAGUCCAUUCGGACUUUUUUCUGAAGGAAAGUCGACCUCUUUCAGGUGGUAAUGCCAGCCUCUUGGUCACGGUGACAGGAAGUGACAGCGUAAAAGCUCCAGAUGUCACACUGUAUGACAGCUCAGGACCAACAGAGGUCAACGGGACAAUACGGUCUUUAGGGGGUGGUAACUUCCUGGUGACAUUCAGCGACCUUCCGGCAGGUGACUUUGUGGUCCGACUGCGAGGACACGACAGCAGCUCAUUGACAAAGUCGACUCCAGUCGGCUUCCAGAGGCAGGCUUCCACUCAACUCAAGACUUCCAGCCUCUCCGUGACUGCCCAAGCCAACAAUACCAACAUAGAACCAGGCUCCACCGUCUCCAUCCCUUUCACCGUCGCCACAACAACCGGUGGAGUCGUCAAUGAAACUGCAAACGGGAUGUUCGCGGUGCGAGCGACCAAUGACCGCAGCUUUGACUCCUCGGCGCCCAGCUCUGUCACGAUAGAAGAGGGCAAUGGUGGGAAAGCUAACGGCACCGUGACUCUAACAGCACCUGACACUGCGACAUCUGGAACAGACGUGACGCUGACGAUUGAGGCUGAGGAUGCGGCUACCACCGAUAUCAACUACGUUGUCCUUAGGUUCUCCGUUGGUGCUAAGGCGACUGACAUCAAAGGACCCGUGUGCCAGGGGCUCAGUACUUCCACCAACUGUACGUCCUCACCGUGUGCCGCCGCCCAGUGGGAGUUUGUGGCCAACGUGACCGACGGCGUCAAUGGGACGGGCAUUGAAAGCAUCGCCCUCCGUGAAGGGAACGGCACCCUCAACAUGAGCACACUGGUCGGACCGGGGGGCGAGAACAUCACCGUGGUCUCCUACGUGGCCUCCUGCUGUGCACGCAGAGUACAGCUGUCUGCCGUGGACAACGUUGGAAACGUGGGCUUUUGCGUGGGUCAGGUCAGAGAGUCCGCCACAGUUGCGCCUGUUACUACUGCACCUGUUACUACGGCUAAUGUAACAAUGAAUGUUACGUCCACUGGGGGGCACACUCUCACUACGUCAUGUGGUCUGUGGAUUACUGCUCUACUACUCCCACUUUGGAAAUAAAAGGGAUACAGGGAAGGAUGUAUGCAUAUGGUACAUAACAUGUGCAUCUUAAAUUAUAAUACAAAAAUUAGCUACUUUAAAUGUUUGAAUCUUUGUUUUACUCACUAUACUGGAGCUGUAAGGAAAUCAAAUUAAAUUAUAUUGCGAUUCUUGAUUGAGUGUAUGGUAGUUACAGUUUGAUUAAUCAUAGGAAAACCAGUACGAAAAAAUCAUUGUUAUGGAUUUAUCAGUACAUUCUAUUACCCUAACUUCCCGCAUCAUAAUUUAUUGUACACCUGCACAAGGUUAAAAAAAAAAAAAAUCAACAACACCCUAUCAGACUUAUAAAAGUCUGAAUUGAUAAGAUAAUGAGUUUUGAUCAACAGAAUCAGCAAGAUAUUCAUUUAGGAUAUUUAUUAAUAUGGAUGGCGUUUGCAGUGGUGAAAAUGUGGUAAAUAAACACAAUAUACCGUAUGUUCAGGACUAUAAGCCGCACCGUAUAUAAGGCGCACCCAUUGAGUUUUGGAAGAAAACUUUUUGUUCCUUUUUUAAGGCAAAACUUAGCACAGGAAUCACAAGCAACGAAGCAAGAAAUCAUCCAAAGUAACUGUUGCAUGGCGCAAAAAAAGAAAGCCAGACUGGGUGUGGCGAAAAGCAGGGAAUAAAUAGCUCUCUGAUCAGUGCCCGGGAAUCAGGUGAGCGUGCCGAACACUAAUCAGAGGCAGGUGAAAUUAAUUUGCACCCAUGGCAACUAAAACAAACACAGGGGUGCACAAAACAGGAACUGAGAGAGUCAAAACACUAAACAAACAUGAUCCGGGCAACGAAUUACCAUGAAUUGAUUAACGCGGACCCUGACUUGAACAAGUUGAAAAGCGUAUUGGGGUGUUACCAUUUAGUGGUCAAUUGUACGGAAUAUGUACUGUACUGUGCAAUCUACUAAUAAAAGUAUCAAUCCAUCAAUCAAAUUGACAGUAUUAUUAAACCAAAUUAUGACUUUC